UCUUGACUCUCCGUCUUCUUCUUCUUCUUCUUCUGCAAGUUCAAGAAUAACCACCACCAAACGAUGCUACCGGAGCAGUGGGUGCCGCCGUGCGGCAACCGAUGUACCCAGAAAUAUGCAGCCCUUACCCAGCUUCCAUGGCGAGUGUUCUGCAAGAAGGGAUGCAACUCAGAUGAAGAGACAUGGGAAGAAUGUUUGGAGGACUGCAAUCAAAUUUGCUACAAGGACCCUGUCAUAAAGGACCAGCAAUGGAGUGCAUAUAUUGACCGUUCUCCUGGAUCAGCCUCUUAUUCAGAGGAAUGCUUCCAUGCAUGUGCAUCCGGCUGUGGUUUCAAGUUUGACAUCAAAGAGGAAGAAGUUAAUAAGGCUUGUCCUAACAGGCCAUCAUAUUCUCAUCCUGAUCAAAAGCAAGGGCCACAACAUGUACAACCUACCAACCAGUCAACUGCUAAGCCUGGCUCUUCUGCGUAGUGCUAGAGAUAGGUUGAUAUACAACAAACCCAGAACCCUGUGACGAUUCUUUCUGGCCAUUUUUUGCAGGAAAUAGCCUUAUAUCAUAUUUUUUUGUCAGCAUGGUUUUGGAUCACUUGUCAAUAGAUUUAGUUUCUUUCUUCCUUGAGGAUCUAGAAGUUUUUUGUUGCCAAAAAGGCUUGGAACUUAGGUUUUUUUCUUUUUUUGGAAUGGAUAUACUGUGACUUCAACUAUCAUAAUGGUCAGAAGUUAAAAAGCUGGAAUUUUGCAGUUUUGCAUA